AUGGCAGAGACUGAACCCGCCUCCCCGGGCGACACAUUCACACCUGGUGCCGGCCACUGGGUGGACGCCGUCAUAUGGGCACUCAUUAGCCUCUCUACCGUCUUCCUGGGACUUCGAGUAUUCUACAAAUCCAAGCGAGGCCGAGGACUCUGGUGGGAUGAUUGGGUUUUGAUAUCAUCAUGGAUUAUCCUUAUUGCUUCGGGAGCACUUAUAAGCCUCUGUGUAUCGGCAGUCUUCAUUAAACGUGAUCAAGAUAACGGACUGGGCGCUCACGAUGUUGGUAUGCUGAGUACGAUUGCGGGGACCUUAUUCUUCGUUUCGGCAAUAUGGAGCAAGACUUCCUUUGCUAUAACGCUCAUUAGGAUCGCGGGUCCUCGGUUAAAGAUCGCACUUCGCAUGAUUAUGAUAUCUAUGAACAUGGUUACCUGUGUCAGCUUGAUACUCCGAUGGGUACAGUGCCGGCCAGCGAGGAUGAUAUGGGACUCCCAUGCUACCGGAGUUUGUUGGAAUAGGAACCUUAUCCUUGCGUUCACCAUUUUUGCUGCUGCAUACUCCGCAUUCAUGGACUUCGUCCUGGCUGCUCUUCCAUGGCCCAUUAUAAUAAAAUUGCAGAUACGGACCAGUGAGAAAGUUGGUGUUUCUAUUGCUAUGAGUAUGGGUCUUUGCGCGGGUAUAACGUCAAUCGUCAAAUGCACCAAAUUCAGCGUUCUACGGAGUGAUGACUUUGGCGAUAAUGUCUUUGAACUCGCAAUAUGGUCCGUAGCGGAAAUCGCUACUACAAUAAUGGCAGCAUCGAUCCCUGUGCUUCGUUGUGCACUGAUGCGUGAGGCAGCGGGUUCCGCUCACUUGGGCUAUCCCGUUACAUUUAUUAGAGACCGUUCCCGAAAGGUGUCGCCUGACGGUAUUAUGUACGAGGAAAGAGCCGCUUUUAGUGGGAAUAAUGAUGAUGAUGGGAUUUUCAAGAUGGAGGAGAUCCAUAUCCAAUUUGGUAAUAGGGGGGUUGGCGAUAGUAUCGACCUUGAGCUAGAAAGAAUGCCACGGUCAUAUUCGCCGUGUGUAUAA